AUGGAAUGUAAUAAUGAUCAGUGUGGCGGCCAAAGUGUUGUAAGCUUGAAGAGAAAGUCGCCAGGAGAUGGAGAGCAUGCAAUCUUCAACACCACUUCUCUUGAUGACCUUAAUGAAGAUCUAUUUGAAAGGAUACUUUCAUGGCUUCCAACUUCCACAUUCUUUCGCCUAAGUUCUGUGUGCAAAAGAUGGAAAUCAGUUGCUGAUUCUGCCAGUUUCAAGCUUGCCUGCUCUCACGUUCCCUCCAGGGAUCCUUGGUUUUUAAUGGUUGCUCCCAACGUUAAUCAAUCUGUUAUCUUUGACUCUGCUGAGCGCUCUUGGAAGAAACUAAACCACCCACCACUUCUGCAAGAGGAGUCUAACCAAAAUUGCGUGCCAGUUGCAGCCUCUGGAGGCUUGAUUUGCCACAGAAAAUUAUCAGGAAACUUCAUUGUGAGCAACCCCGUGACAGGAUCCUGUACAGAACUCCCUCCACUGCAUGCCCCACAACAACCUCUCAAUGCCAUUGUCAUGAACACAGCUUGCAAAGACCAACUCUCCUUCAAAAUUGUCUUGGUAUUUGGUGAACUUCCAAAUCUCUUGUUUAAAGUCUACCAUUCAAGGUCUGGCUGUUGGGAUGAUCAGACUGCUUUGAGGAGAAAGACUGAAGACAAUUCAAUGGAACAUGAUUCCACUGAUGACAAUGUUGUGUACUUCCUCAGCAAGGCUGGAAUUGUUGUGGCAAGCAACAUGCAGAGAAGCCCGUCUAAACAAUACUCGUCAGUUAUUACCAACAAAGAUGGCCAAGAGAUUGUGUAUUUUCUCAACUCCUCAGGGAAUGUAGUAGGUUGCAAUUUGACAUGCAAGUGCUUCUUUGAGUACCCCAGGUUGUUGCCUGUUUUUAGUGAGUAUUCCAUUGAUGUUGUGGAGUGCAAUGGGGAGAUGCUAGUUGUUUUGUUAUCAGAAUUCUUGGAAACUGCAACUAUUAGGAUAUGGAGGUAUGAUGAAGCUAAUAAAGGGUGGCAUCAGAUUGCGGCAAUGCCUGCAGCAAAUUCUCAUGAGUGGUAUGGAAAGAAAGCAGAUAUUAACUGUGUUGGGGCUGGUAACCAAAUAUUGAUAUGCUUGAGCUCCCCUGAGCUAUGCACUUAUGUUCUGUGUGAUUUGGAAACCAACAAGUGGGUUGAAUUGCCAAAAUGUUGCAUAAAUGGAGAAGUCAUAGACUUUAUGUCUGCCUUUUCAUUUGAACCUCGGAUAGAGGCUUCUGUGUGA